CCCCCCACCUCCCCCCCCCCCCCUCCGUUCUUGGGGGGGGGGGGGGGGGGGGGGGGUGCCAAUGUUUUAUUAUAUUCUUAAGGUUAAUUUACCAUUCAUCCCGUAUGUAGAUAAAAUAACUGGUGAUUUUAAAAACUUCGUAUUAUUAAAAGUAUUCGCUGUUUCCCACAAAUAUUUACUUUCAAAUCUCUGUUAUUAAUAUUUUUAUAUAAAUGUUAACGACAGUCUCGAAAAUGCAAACACCCACUUUUCUGCGUAUUAGUAUUUAAGAGUGGUGUUUCUGGUACGUUAAGCCUAGUUUUUGUCCGUGAAGAAAUGGCUUUUGGAGACUCGGAAGGUGUUAGUUGUAAUCAGCUCGUUAAGCUGAAUCUGAAUAUGUAUAAUAAUGCCCAAAACAAUUUCACUUGAAGUUUGUAUUACGUGCAUCUGACCUUGUGUAUGCACUUUGCAUCUGAAGUGAUAUAGUUCUCUUUUUCAAGUUUGCUCAAAAUUCAUUUAUUACGUGCUUCAUUAGUUUUUUAUUUAUUCCUUUUUUCUUUUAAUGUUCAAAACAAUUUAAUUUUAUCAUAUCAUAUCGUGGUACUAAAGAGAAAAACAGAAAUGUAUACGACUAGGUAUAAUGAACUCAAUGAAGGAAUGAAUGUAUUCGUUCUAUAAGUUUCUCUAAUUAAAAGUAUCGUUCGAUAUCUUUAUUACACAAGAGUAGUUCUCGUAUACUGCGAGAGACCUAUCUCUCACGUCAAUUCUUCUUCUCUUUUUAGGUAUAUGUUUGUACAUAUAAGACGUCACUUGGUUUAGGUUUAGGUAUCGAAUUUCGACCAGGAACCAAUGGAAAUUUAACACUAUAUACAACUAUGGGCAAAGUCAUCAUUCAUAGCGAUUGA